CACACCAGCAGAACUGUUGUGUCUGCGGAUCGAAUUAGCAUUAAACUGAAACAUAGCGAGGCUAUGAACCAGUUUAUAACUCCGUCCGUCCUCCCCGUCUAACCGAGAGAGCUCACCGGUAGUUCGGUUACCUCGGUGAACGUUGUUCGGUGUCAAAGCGGCGGACUGGCUCGCUUCCUCGCGGUGUGUUUUGGCGGAAUGAGUAAAUGAAAGCGUUGUUUGGAGCCGUUGAACAAAGAGCUUUUCUUCCCUCUACCAUUGUUACCGAGCGGAGCGCCUGUUUUCUAACUCACUCAGAGGGGGUUUCUCACUGUAAAAGUGAGGGGCGGCCCGUGCUCCAGUCAUGACCUCUGGGAAUGGGAACACUAACAGCAGCCAACACAAUGGAGAGAGCAAACCAGCCCAGGCGUUAGUGAAGUCCCACAUCCUCACUCAUCUGAUCGAGGGCUUCGUCAUCCAGGAGGGCGCUGAGCCUUUCCCUGUGGAGCGGCCAUCUUUCUCGAUCGAUUGUUUGAGGAGACACACAGACUCAAAGAUGGACGGCAGCUCACUAAAGGAGCUAAAGGCCCACCAGGAGCCCAUGCUGACCUGUGAGCUGUGUGGCAGAGUGGACUUUGCCUACGCCUUUAAAAAGUCAAAGAGGUUCUGUUCGACAGUGUGCGCCAAACGCUUCAAUGUUGGAUGCACAAAGAAGCUUGGUCUCUUCCCAAACCAUAAAACCUCACCGGAGAACAUGAAGAAACACAGAACGCUGAAUGGAAACCACAAAACCUGCAGCUUAGACUCUAAAAAGAAGUCCACGCCGUCUGUGCAGAAACCUCCUCUUCCUGCUGCUGCCCUGUCCCCGGGUCACUCAGUCCAUCCGGCGCAGGGAGAAUCCAGCCAGUGUUCAGACUUGUCAGCCUACAAAAGACCUCCUUCCCCUCUGUCGCCCACCCAGCGGGUUCCUGCUGUGCGAGGCUCUGAUCUGCCCCUGCUGCCCCACAGCUUCCUGCCCAGCGACCCCGGCCUGUGGAACAUAGAGGACGUCUAUGAGUUCAUCUCCUCGCUGCCAGGUUGUCUGGAGAUCGCGGAGGAGUUUCGCUCUCAGGAGAUCGACGGUCAGGCUCUGCUGCUGCUGAAGGAGGAUCACCUGAUGGGAACCAUGAACAUCAAACUGGGACCUGCGCUCAAGAUCUUUGCCCAGAUCAGCAUGCUUAAAGACUCGUAGCCCCCCUCCUUCCCCUCACAUGUUCACACACAUCUACAGCCACUUACUGGACAGACAGGAUUUUCUCAGGAUCCCAACCUACCUGUAAUCUGAUUCUUGCUGUGAUGCCAGGAUGUUUUUUUUCUGGACGUCGUCUGGCCUGCUGAACACUCGGACUGUUAAACGUCGAUCACUUCACUGUGGAAAACCUUCAGGAAAGCAUCACCCCGUAGAGCGAGAAGAACAACAUGUUAGGUAGGCUGUGUUACAGUUUUAUUUGAGAACAUAUUGUUUAAUAAUGUAUGGCUGUACCUUACGUUCCUGCAGGAGAGGUGUAUGGUUAGCAUUUUAUGUUAUAUCAACAAACACGACGUCUGCAGCAAAACCUCGUCCUUUUCCAGAACUUAUACUACCUAUUCUCAUCCUGCACUGCUCUCUCUGCACUGAGAAGCUCAUAAAUUUACUAGGGACAAUAUUAAAAAUUCCUCCUCAUUCAAGAGGUUUUCUUCAACCCCAAAUUCUAAAAAAACUGGGACGAUUACUAUUUGAGAAUAGAACAGAAUGUUGUGAUUUGCUUAACAUCGAAAGCUUGAAAGUGAAAAUUAAUGUUAAAUUUUUAAAAACUAUAAGAUCAUUUGAAAUUUAAUGCCAUUACCAUGUAUCAAAAAAGUUGGGACUUGUUUACUACCCUGAGCAUUAAUUCUUUUCUUUCAACAACACUAUGAUUUGCAGCAAGUGUGUUGAUUUCUCAGACGUGUACUCGUCUGGGCAAAACUUUGAAGUUAAAAAAAAAUCAAGUGUGGCUAGAAAAAGUAGUAGCUGCAUUUUUGCAUGGUGAAAUUAGGCUGCUGGUGAAAAAGCUUGCAUUUACUUCAAUCAAACAGUCUUUGUUUGUAUAGCGCCAAUUCAUAACUAAAGUUAUGUCAAGACGCUUUACACAGAGAGCAGAUCUAGACCGUUCUCUCUGCUGUGACCUUUUAAAAAACACCAUAUUCAUAUGGAAAAUACGCGUUUGGUGCAUUGGCUGUAAGAUCGUAUUGAUUAGAUAGAGGUAUCAUAAAAGUAUGUAUCAAAUAUGAUACAACAGCCUUUAAGGGGUUAAAGUUUAAAG